UGGCGCGCAUCGUUGCCGGGCAACGCGCGGCGCUGGUUGCCGGCUAAGCUGGCUGUAGGUAUCUCCCUGCCGGGCGCCGGUAGGCGCAUCGCGGCGGCGAAGGUGGGUGCGCGCCUUGCGGGCCUCUGGGAGCCCUGGACCCUCUCCAUCUGCGCCUGGGACCUGGUCCCGGGGCCCGCGAGAUCCCGUCUGGGACGCGAUCCCCGAGCUCCCUGCCCUCAGCCUCCGGCCUCAGCAGACCGGGAUCUGCAGCUCAUCCACCAGGACCCAUGUCUGCCCACAAGCCCUCCUCCGCCUCUCUCGCUUGGUCCUAGGACACGCCCCCGUGCCGGACUAGUCACCCGCGCGUGCCAGGAGGGGUCGACUCCACGGAGGCACGUGAACACUCCCAGGAAGCCGUGGGCAACUCCAGGAGCUCGGCAGCUGCAUGUUUUCUGAGCAGCUUUCCUUCGGGUCGGCUGGCCUGGCUACACCAAGAUGCAAGGCGGGCGGGAGGUGGGGAGGGAGUCAGUGAGUGACCUCGCGGAGGAACUUGGAGAGGGGCCCCUCCACCGGACAGCGAGAGGACAGAGUGGUGAUGGUUUGGAACCGAGGAGCAUCUGCUCUGACGGUCCCGUGAUUCUGCCGGACGCGAACGCAGCUAACAGCUCCAGGCUGGAUGAGGGUCUUCCCACCGGCCGUCCACCCCUAGGGGAGCUCGGCGGCGGGUGGGGAGAGUUCGAAGGCUUCCGGGAGUCUUCAGCUAAGUCUGAGCAGUUUUCUCAGUCUUUUGAACUGGGAAGAGCCGCGGAAUGUCAGCCGCUGAGAACCCCUUCAGUCCCCAAAGAGGGCGGUUCUUGCCAGGUGCAGCAGCGUGGACCCUGGGUGACAGGAACUGCUGCUGGCCCAUCUUCAGAGUCCAUCCUCAGCUAUGAAAAGGCUUUUAGGCUUGCGUUUCAGGAAGUCCCUGUGGAGCAGGCAACCGAAGACGUUUGUUCCUUGGACAAAUUCUUAGAAAUAAGCAAUGAAGAAGCUGCGUCUGUGCCCAAACUGUGUUCCGAGUCUAGGAAACUCUGGAGAGCCCUUCAGAACACCGAUGCUGUGUCUGCUUCGAGGUGUGUCUGGAGUGAAUCUCACUGUCGGGAGAACCUCCUUCCUGUCCUUGGCCUAGAUGCUGCUCAGAAGAGUCUUUCUGAGAACCAGGGUCAUGCUCUGGAAGAUCCUGACUUUAGAAAACCUGAAGAGCUUCUGGCAGUCCAUGGGUUCCACCUACACCACUGCAAAGCCCUGAUUCAGACCAAGCUCUCAGGGACGUCCGGCGGCAGACAGGGCAGCCUGAUUACCUACAGUCUGUUUCUGAAGACACCGCUCCAAGGGAACAGGCGCUACAUCACCAUUCCACAGAAAAAGAUCUUCACUCCACGCAACCUGAAAAUGGCAUUCUUUAAUAAUGAUGUCUGCUAAAAACAGGA